AGCCUUCCUCAUCAUCUUUGUCCCCUUAACAAACCUUAACUUCAAUUUAAACCAAAACCAAAAGAAACUAGCGCAAUGGGUUAUGGUAGGCUCGGACAGUCAGGUUCGGCACACCCGAGCCAGAAAGACCCUGCCACGUCACUCCCGGAAGUACAAAAGAAAACUAAGACGAAGCUCCUUCUCUUCACUUUAGCAGCUCUCGUCGUUGCAGUGGUCUGCUUCGGUAUCUUUGCCGGCAUCCGAUCCAUAGGUUCGGAUCAACAUGAGCCUAAAUUAAAACGUAAACCGACCCAAGAAAUCUCCCGAACCUGUAGCAAAGCACAGUACACGAGCCUAUGCAUCGACACGCUUCUCGAUUUCCCGGGAGCUUCAACCGCCGACGAGCAACAGCUCCUCCACAUCUCUUUCAACGCGACGCUACAGAGUUUCAGCAAAGCUCUUUACUCAUCGUCGAAGAUCGCGUACACUCAGAUGCCGCCACGUGUACGUUCUGCUUAUGACUCGUGCCUCGAGCUGCUCGACGACUCAGUCGACGCGCUCUCGCGUGCCCUCUCCUCCGUCGCCAUCUCCUCCUCCGGUAACGAUGAGUCUCAUUCCGACGUGAUGACGUGGCUUAGCUCUGCGAUGACUAACCGCGACACUUGUACGGACGGGUUCGAAGAAGUGGGAAACGGAGAAGUGAAGGAUCAAGUGGUCGGAGCGGUGAAAGGUUUGUCGGAGAUGGUGAGCAACUGCUUGGCGUUAUUCUCCGGCAACGUUAACGACGUAAACGGAGUUCCGGUGGCGAACAGGAAGUUACUUGGCGCAGAAGAAACCGAGGAGUUUCCGAGCUGGUUGAAGAGAGGAGACAGAGAGCUUCUCGGUGCUCCGGCGACGGCGAUCCAAGCGGAUAUCACGGUGUCUAAAGACGGUAACGGCACGGUUAAGACAAUCGCAGAGGCGAUCAAGAAAGCGCCUGAGCAAAGUAGCCGACGAUUCGUCAUCUACGUCAAAUCAGGAAGGUACGAAGAAGAUAAUCUCAAGGUUGGUCGGAAAGUAACAAACUUAAUGUUCAUCGGAGACGGCAAGGGUAAAACGGUCAUAACCGGUGGAAAAAGCAUCGCCGAUGACCUGACUACUUUUCACACCGCCACUUUCGCCGCAACGGGAGCUGGGUUUAUAGUGAGAGACAUAACGUUUGAGAACUAUGCCGGACCAUCUAAGCACCAGGCCGUGGCACUCCGUGUCGGCGGAGACCACGCUGUGGUUUACCGUUGCAACAUUAUCGGUUACCAAGACACUCUCUACGUACAUUCUAACCGACAGUUUUUCCGCGAAUGCGACAUUUAUGGAACGGUUGACUUUAUAUUCGGUAACGCAGCUGUGAUAUUACAGAGUUGUAACAUCUAUGCGCGUAAACCGAUGCCUCAGCAGAAAAUCACCAUCACGGCUCAGAACCGGAAAGACCCGAACCAGAACACGGGGAUAUCGAUCCACGCUUGCAAGCUACUAGCCACGGCGGAUCUUGAACCCUCCAAAGGUAGUUUUCCGACGUAUCUCGGACGUCCGUGGAAGUUAUACUCUAGAGUUGUGUACAUGAUGUCGGAUAUGGGAGAUCAUAUUAACCCGAGAGGAUGGUUGGAGUGGAACGGUCCGUUUGCGUUGGACAGUUUGUACUAUGGUGAGUAUAUGAACCGUGGAGUGGGAUCAGGUACGGGUCAAAGAGUCCAGUGGCCGGGUUAUCAUGUGAUUACUUCAACGGUUGAGGCAAGCAAGUUCACGGUGGCAGAGUUUAUUUCCGGUUCAUCGUGGUUGCCUUCCACCGGCGUGGCCUUCUUCUCCGGGUUGUCAGAGUAGGAUGUCUCACUCUCAGCCUUGUAUGUACCAUUACAUGAAAGAUAUUAUAUACGAACUCAAGUGUAAUUAUAUGAUGGGGACAUCUUCUUGAAUGAAAUAAAGAUUAUGACUUUAAUAUUA